ACAGACUGGUUACCCUUGUGCCCGGAGCUCCCCAGCGCUUAUUCAUCAGAGCGAUAGAUCAUUGUGUGUUGCUGUAUGAGCUGAAUGUUGGCGAUGUGCGCAGAGAGGAAACCACCGCACGCAACGCUAAGAAUGACACUUCGGUUUAUCGGUCGGCUUCGAGAACUUUGGAUGUUAAGUUGCUAUUUUAACUUUGAGCAUUAAUGGAAUCAACAAGAGACGAGUAAAAUCGCUUCCUUCACAGCACCAGCAAAACAUGUGUUGGAAUUUAGGCUAAGAAGCAGCGGCUACAGAUUGAAAUAAUUAGCCGUUUUUUUUCAUUCUUCAAAACAACAAAAGUGAUAUACAUUAUGCAAUAAUUCAGUCGCCUACUGCAGAUAUUCACCUAACUGUUGUGUUAUUUAUGAUCCCAAAUACCAGCCAGAGUUUAGAGAAUUUUCCUAUAGGCCUAGUGUUGCCAAUUUAGCUUAGCCUAUAGCCUAGUUCAUAGACACUCCUGGCAUACCUAGAGAGCUCUUUUUUUAAUAAACGUUUUUCUGCGUUAAAGUAGGCAAUUAAAGAAAACAACAGUUCAAAUAUCCUGUUCAAACUAAACUGAAGGAAAGAGUCAAGAGAUCAGGGAUUUGCACUCUAGUAGGAGUGGUGUGCAACAAAAUAUUUCUCGCGCGAGGCGCAAUGUCUUUACAGCCUCGCAUCUUCCAUUGACAGGACAGCCCAGGGACAAUCAACUGAGAACAUCUGUGCCACUUGUGGAAGAGAUACAAAAAAUGGAGAGAAAUAACCAUCGACAUUAAGGCCACCUCAUGCACUGUGUGUUUGUUCCUGCCAGCCCCUCUGUGGUUGAUGGUGAUGCCCGAGUCCAACCCAGCAAUGCAGAGGACGAGAACCUGGUGGUGGCAGGGACAACUGGGGGUUCCUCUGCUGUUUCUGGUUUUCCCGCUCCUCAGGACCGAACCGCUCCAGCUCGAGCUGUCUUUCAAUGGACUUUCGGAACUCCAGAAUGUGACACUGGCUGCUAUUCUGCCUUUGAGCAACACUGAAUACCCGUGGGCCUGGCCUCGCGUGGGGCCCGCUCUGAUGAGGGCUCUGGAGCGAGUCAAUGAUGACCCCACCCUGCUACCGGGCCACCGCCUUCGAAUAGUCUACGACAGCAGCGAAAACAAGGACGGCGUCUGCUCCGACUCAGUGGCGCCAUUGGUGGCCGUGGACUUUAAGUUCUCCUACGACCCAUGGGCCUUCAUCGGCCCUGGCUGUGACUAUGCUUCGUCUCCCGUGGGCCGCUUCACUACCCACUGGGACGUUCCCAUGGUGACGGCCGGGGCAGCGGCCAUCGGCUUCCACUUGUACACGUCCAUCACAAACACGGGCCCCACGCACAAGAAGCUGGGCGAAUUUGGGGUGCGCCUGCAUCGGCAUUUUGGCUGGCACAGACACGCCAUGCUCAUGUUCAGCGACAACAAGAACGACGACCGGCCGUACUACUUUACGACCGAGGGGUUGUACACGCAGCUGCAGCUGGACAACAUCACCACAGCAGACAAGGUCUUCAAUGAGCAGAAUGGACCGGUCCAGUAUGAUAACCUCAUCAGUGUCAUCAGCCAGAGUGCCCGAGUGGUGUACAUGUGCUGCUCAUGGGACACUUUCCGGAUGCUGAUGGUACAGUUUUGGAGGGAGGGCUUGCCCCCGGAGGACUAUGCUUUCUUCUUCAUCGACCUGUUCGGCCACAGCCUGAGGAAGCGGCCCGCUAGGCCAUGGUACAGAGGAGACGCAGACGACCAUGCCGCUAAGAAGGCCUUCAGGAGUGUGAAGAUCCUGACCUACAAAGAGCCACAGAACCCAGAGUACCUGGAGUUUGUGUCCAACCUGAAGACGGACGCAUUGAACAUGUUCAACUUCACCGUAGAAGACUCUCUGACGAACCUGAUAGCAGGAGGCUUCUAUGACGGGGUAAUGCUUUACUCUCAGGCCCUGAACGAGACCAUGGCCGAGGGAGGGGGCCGGCCGCGAGGUGACAUCGUCACCAAGAGGAUGUGGAACCGCACGUACCAUGGUGUUACUGGCUUGGUUCAAAUUGAUGGAGAAGGCGAUCGGGAGAUUGACUUUGCCUUGUGGGACAUGACCGAUCUUGACUCUGGGGUCUUUCAGAUCGUAUCCGUCUACAACAGCACCCUGAAGGAGUUGGUUCCAGUGCCGGGCAUGAAGGUCCAGUGGCCGGGGGGCGCCCCGCCCCAAGACAUCCCCGACUGUGGCUUCAAGAAUGACAAGCCCGCUUGCUUAGCACGGACUGUCACUAUGCACCAGAUGGUGGCCAUCGUUGUGUGCUUCAUCUUCAUCAUCAUCGCCACCGUCACCGUCUUCAUCUACAGGAAACUGAAGUUGGAGAAUGAGUUGGCUGCUCAGCUCUGGCGGGUGCAGUGGGAGGACGUGCAGAUGAGCGACCUGGAGAAAGUGAUGCGCAGGGCCUGCAGCAGACUCACCCUGUCUCUGAGAGGCUCCAACUAUGGUUCCCUCCUGACCAUGGACGGAAACUUCCAGAUCUAUGCCAAGACUGGCUACUACAAGGGAAACAUUGCGGCCAUUAAGUACGUCACUAACAAGAAGCGCAUCGAGCUCACCAGGAUGGUGCUCUUUGAGCUUAAACAUAUACGUGAUGUUCAAAACGAGCACCUGACUCGCUUUAUCGGAGCCUGUAUUGAUCCUCCCAACAUCUGUAUCAUCACAGAGUACUGCCCCCGGGGCAGCCUGCAGGAUCUUAUGGAGAGCGAGACCAUCACCUUGGACUGGAUGUUCAGAUACUCUCUCAUCAACGACAUUGUUAAGGGGAUGGCCUUCCUUCACAACAGCGUCAUCGUCUCCCAUGGUAACCUGAAGUCCUCUAACUGUGUGGUUGACAGUCGCUUUGUUCUGAAGAUUACUGACUACGGGCUGGCCAGCUUCCGCGAAAAGUCCAAUAUGGAGGACACACACGCCUACUAUGCCCGGAAAUUGUGGGCAGCUCCAGAGCUGCUGAGGGCAGAGUGUCCCCCACCAUGUGGCACUCAGAAAGGGGACAUCUACAGCUUCGGCAUCAUCCUGCAGGAGCUGGCCCUGCUCCGAGGGGUCUUCCACAUCGAGGGGGACACCUUCAGCCCCAAAGAGAUUGUAGAGCGCGUGGCCCUGGGCCAGUGGCCCUACCUGCGACCCUCCCUCUGCCCCCAGAGCCACAGUGAAGAGGUGGGCCAGCUCAUGCAGCGCUGCUGGAGCGAGGAUGUGAACGAGAGGCCCGAGUUCCACCACAUCAAGCUGCUGCUGCGCAAACACAACAGAGGUUAUGGGUCUAAUAUCCUGGACAACCUGUUGUCUCGUAUGGAGCAGUACGCCAAUAACCUGGAAGAACUGGUGGAGGAAAGAACACAGGCUUACCAUGAAGAGAAACGCAAGGCCGAGGCACUGCUCUACCAAAUACUUCCACACUCUGUAGCGGAGCAGUUGAAGAGAGGGGAGACGGUGCAGGCUGAGGCCUUUGACUCAGUCACCAUCUACUUCAGUGACAUCGUGGGCUUCACCGCCAUCUCAGCAGAGAGCACACCCAUGCAGGUGGUGACCCUAUUGAAUGACCUCUACACGUGUUUCGAUGCCAUCAUCGACAACUUCGACGUUUACAAGGUGGAAACGAUAGGUGAUGCGUACAUGGUGGUGUCUGGGCUGCCGGUGAGGAACGGCAAGCUGCACGGCCGAGAGAUCGCCCGUAUGUCCCUGGCCCUGCUGGAGGCCGUACACUCCUUCAGGAUCCGCCACCGACCUGCUCAGCAGCUCCGUCUGCGCAGUGGCAUCCACAGUGGCCCUGUAUGUGCUGGCGUCGUAGGACUGAAGAUGCCUCGGUUCUGUUUGUUUGGAGAUACAGUCAACACAGCCUCUCGCAUGGAGUCCAAUGGGGAGGCCCUGAAGAUCCACGUGUCGGAGGCCACGCGCUCGGUGCUGGACGACUUCAACUGUUUCCAGCUGGAGCUGAGAGGAGACGUGGAGAUGAAGGGCAAAGGGAGGAUGAAGACCUACUGGCUACUGGGGGAGAGCAUCAACAACAUGGCUUAGUAGAGAGAGAGAGAGAGAGAAUUAGACAUAGACAGUAUUGGAAAGAUGCCGUAGAAAAGAGAGGUAAGGCAAGGGAGGACUGAGGUAAAAGGAACAGACAUGCAUACAGAUACACAUAGGAAUGGGGUGAAAUAGAAAUAAGCCACAAACAAAUACUCCUGACAACCCCCUCCAGAAUGAUAGUCUCAUCGACUCAGUCUCACUGCUCUUCAAGGGCAUUCCUUGGCUCCUUUAGGUGGAAACGCUCUCUCUAGAUUGACCUACUAUGGUGCAUAAGCUAUCAACGUUGACCUUCCAUGGACAGCUUUAGACUUGUACCUCUCCAACCAAAGGAAAGCUAUCACUGUUACACCGCCGUGUGCCGAAUGGUGAGGCCCCACCUCCUCCUAUUGGCAAGGACGAUGGGCAUUUGCGAACAUCUCCAUCCAGUGUUCAAGAGUUGUAACUGUCGCUUUCAAGAACGAACAUUUUGGGACAAUCUUGUUGGACCUGUUGUUUAUCGUGACGAGAGUAGUCCAAUGUGUUAUUCUGUGGUUAUUUCACUUUGUGACUGACUUGGUGUUCUCUAACAUGUAGAGGCCUUAGUGUUAUGUGAAGCCUUCACAGGUUUUAUUCUAUUUGUUUCACGGUGGUGUUUGUUCUGUAUCACAAUAUCAGUUUGUUCUAUAUCUAUAUAAUUGAACAUUAAUCAAGUGGAGACCAGAGGGGUAUACUACGAAUGUAGCUAGAUGUGCUCAGGCUUUUCUGAAAUUACCUAACUUCAUGAACUGUGCGUUCAUGUCGCACAUGGCUAGUCGAACUCCGAACUCUUCAUUGAGACAAUGCUGAAACAUCAAUCCGUGGGCGAGUCAGUGCCACAUUUACAUUUUUGCCAAAAUCAAUUUACCUGCAAAUUCAGCAGGCUAUGGUGUGAAAUGGGCAACUAGACGGUUUUUAUAUUUUUUACACAUAUUGUGUUUGUUUGUUGUGCUUAUCAAUGCACAAGUCCCAUGAUUCCUCACUCCACAAGUCCCAUGAUUCCCCACUCCACAAGUCCCAUGAUUCCCCACUCCACAAGUCCCAUGAUUCCCCACUCCACAAGUCCCAUGAUUCCCCACUCCACAAGUCCCAUGAUUCCCCACUCCACAAGUCCCAUGAUUCCCCACUCCACAAGUCCCAUGAUUCCCCACUCCACAAGUCCCAUGAUUCCCCACUCCACAAGUCCCAUGAUUCCCCAUUCCACAAGUCCCAUGAUUCCCCACUCCACAAGUCCCAUGAUUCCCCACUCCACAAGUCCCAUGAUUCCCCACUCCACAAGUCCCAUGAUUCCCCACUCCACAAGUCCCAUGAUUCCCCACUCCACAAGUCCCAUGAUUCCCCACUCCACAAGUCCCAUGAUUCCCCACUCCACAAGUCCCAUGAUUCCCCACUCCACAAGUCCCAUGAUUCCCCACUCCACAAGUCCCAUGAUUCCCCACUCCACAAGUCCCAUGAUUCCCCAUUCCACAAGUCCCAUGAUUCCCCACUCCACAAGUCCCAUGAUUCCCCACUCCACAAGUCCCAUGAUUCCCCACUCCACAAGUCCCAUGAUUCCCCACUCCACAAGUCCCAUGAUUCCCCACUCCACAAGUCCCAUGAUUCCCCACUCCACAAGUCCCAUGAUUCCCCACUCCACAAGUCCCAUGAUUCCCCACUCCACAAGUCCCAUGAUUCCCCACUCCACAAGUCCCAUGAUUCCCCAUUCCUAACCAUACAAAAAUAGUAUUAAGUCAUACGAAAGUUUUUCUGCACGUGAAGUUUCAAAUGUGUUAUUACUAUGACUAUUUUUAACACAAGAAUUUGAUGGGUCCUUCGGCUCAAACACUUCAUUCAGUAGUGGGACAAGCCCCGAGUUAGCCUGCCCGGGAGCAGGCUACUUCUGAAGGAUUCGUUGCCAUAGAUAUGUUACUGGCUAGAGCCAUAUUCGUGUCACCACUUAUCCCGAGUUGACCAAAGUUACCUCAACUCCUCAAACCUGAUUCAUAAUAAUAACCCAUAAUAAUACCAGUCCACAAAGUGUGCUCUACAGCCUGCUUGGCUAUGUGCUUUAGGAGGAAGUAGUGGAGGUAAUCACCACCAUGCCAAUGCGGACUAUCUUAUUGACAUUGGUGAAAUGUCUCAAAUGGACACUUAUGGCUGUUAUGUCCUGUUGAAUGCUAAUUCACAACUUGUGUAUUCAACAGGACUGUUCAAAAUCUUUUUGGUCAUAAAAAAACAAUUCAUUGCUUUAGUCUGCUCAAGAUAAACUGCGAUGACAAGGAAGAAUGGAGAGUUAGAUUGGCCAUAAAUGACAACUUCUGGGUGAAUUAAUAUUGUCGCAACCUGUUCUCAGAACAUUUUGAUUUAUUCUAUACGUAAAUCCAAGACACUCCAUUUAGUAUGAUAUGUUACAUAAGACAGAUGGUCACUUAUAGACAGAUGGUUACUUAUAACCAGCUAGCCCUCUCACAUUAAGUUCUUAUAUUCCAGACUCAUUUUGAGUUUCAUAUUUUCUAAUGAUCCUUUUUCCUUUACUUACAAGAUGAUGUCAAAAUACCUUAUAUUUCACACACAAGUGUACAAAAGAAUGAGGAUGUCUAGCUCUUCACUUCUCUUACUGUUACUGAGGGGAAAAGUGAAUAUUUUCAGAAUGGGAGUCCUACUAAAUGACAUACACAGUACAUUGAAAAAUAUAUACACUGAACAAAAAAAUAAACGCAACAUGUAUAGUGUUGGUACCAUGUUUCAUGAGCUAAAAUAAAAGAUCCCCGACAUUUUCCAUACACACAAACAUAUUAUUUCUCUCAUAUUUUGUGCACACAUUUCUUUACAUCCCUGUUGGUGAGCAUUUCUCCUUUACCAAGAUAAUCUACCCACCUGACAGGUGUGGCCUGUCAUGAAGCUGAUUAAACAACAUGAUCAUUAGAGUUGCACCUUGUGCAAUAAAAGGCCACUUUAAAAUGUGCAGUUUUGUCACACAAUGCCACAGAUGUUUAAAGUUUUGAGGGAGCAAGCAAUUGGCAUGCUGACUGCAGGAAUUUCCACCAGAGCUGUUGCCAGAGAAUUUCAUGUUAAUUUCUCUACCAUAAGCCACCUCCAAAAUCAUUUUAGAGAAUUUGGCAGUAUGUCCAACCGGCCUCACAACAGCAGACCAUGUGUGUGUCAUGUGGGCGAGCGGUUUGCUGUUGUCAACAUGUGAACAGAGUGCCCCAUGGUGGCAGUGGAGUUAUGGUAUGGGCAGGCAUAAGCUAUGGACAACGAACACAAUUGCAUUUUAUCGAUGUCAAUUUGAAUGCACAGAGAUACCGUGCCAAGCUCGUGAGGCCCAUUGUCGUGCCAUUCAUUUGCCACCAUCAUCUCAUGUUUCAGCAUGAUAAUGCACGGCCCCAUGUCGCAAAGAUCUGUACACAAUUCCUGGAAGCUGAAAAUGUCUCAGUUCUUCCAUUGCCUUCAUUCUCACCAAACAUGUCACCCAUUGUGCAUCGACGUUUACGACAGCAUGUUCCAGUACUCGCCAAUAUCCAGCAACUUCGCACAGCCAUUGAAGAGGAGUGGGACAACAUUCCACAAGCCACAAUCAACAACCUGAUCAACUCUAUGCGAAGGAGAUGUGUCGUGCUGCAUGAGACAAAUGGUCACACUAGAUACUGACUGGUUUUCUGAUCCACGCCCCUACCUUUUUUUGAAGGUAUCUGGGACCAACAGAUCUAUAUUCCCAGUCAUGUGAAAUCCAUAGAUUAGGGUCUAACAAAUUUAUUUUAAUUUACUGAUUUCCUUAAAUGAACUGUAACUCGGUAAAAUCUUUGAAAUUCUUGCAUGUUGCGUUGAUAUUUUUGUUCAGUAUAUUUAAAAAAUCUCAAAGUUGACUCUCUGAGGAUACUUCUUUGGCUUGUGAUUUGCAAACAUGUUACAACAAACUGUACUCUUUGUCCUUUUGUUCUCUGGUAUUUUUGGGUGGUUCUGCUCAGUUGAAAGGGAACAACUGCACCACCUAGCUUAUAAGUGGAGCAGUAGGUAGGCAGUAGGUACCCAUUUGCCAACCAGCGCUAUGGACCAUGUGAAUGUGCUCUCAGUUGAACGCCCCUAAACCUUAAUCUUAUCAGUGAGAUUUUCCCCUUUCCAAUUUAAGUCUAAAUGUUUGAUCACCUAAGGCCUAAGCCAAAGCCAAUACUCCUGAGAUGAUCAGGAUUAGUAAUGAGACGUGGUAAAUGAUAACAGGUCUGUGUAACGUCAGGGAGACAAGUUAUUGGUCAGCAGUAACUCACCCAAUGUCAGGCUUAAUCUGACAGGUAACCCAGCGUGCAAAACUGUUUAAUGAUGUCAGUAUAAUCAAUUUUAUGAGGUCAUGGUCAGGUUGCAUACUGGCUAUUUUUAGCAACCAGAAAAACAUGUCUUUGUCUAGUUUUAAUCUGACCAGAUAAUAUGUCUUUGUCUAGUUUUAAUCUGACCAGAUAACAUCCAAAAUAUGUCUUUCCCAUUGUUUUCUUGUCGUGAAAAAUGUCUUUACCAGGUUGUAACAGAGACCAGUUGGUUGCAAUGUUAUUUUUUCUCAAUCAGAUCAGAAAUGUAUAUCAUUAAGACGAUUCCAAGUCAGGUCUGUACGGUAUGUCCACUAUGAAUGUACUCCCAUGGGUUCUGGAAAUGGGUCUCUAAUGCAGUGAAAUGUAUUGUGUUGGUUGCUGUGUACUUUAGAGGAGCGGGUUGGUCUUUGUGUGUUACCAUGUAUUGUUUGGUGUGCUUUAAAAUAUGACAUUGUUUUUGGGGCGAGAAAGAAAUGUUCAGUUACAUUGCCUGUCUUGUUUCUAGUCAGUUGAAUGUCUUUAUAAAAGCAGUUGAGAACCAUAA